AUGGGGUAUUAUGAGGUGAGGAGAUUGCUCUGGAGAGUCGGCCUCUUCCUCCCCCUGCUGACAGUGCGCCCCGCUGCCGCCGGUCACGUCGCCAACAACCACGUUGUGUUACUUGAUACUACAGCUGCCGUUGGAGAACUAGGAUGGAAAACAUUUCCUUUGAAUGGGUGGGAUGCCAUAACUGAAAUGGAUGAACACAAUCGUCCCAUUCAUACUUACCAGGUAUGUAAUGUGAUGGAACCAAGCCAAAACAACUGGCUUCAAACAAACUGGAUCUCCCGUGAUGCAGCACAGAAAAUUUAUGUGGAAAUGAAGUUUACCCUGAGGGACUGCAACAGUAUUCCAUGGGUACUAGGAACCUGCAAGGAAACCUUCAAUCUCUACUACAUGGAGUCAGAUGAGUCUCAUGGAGUAAAGUUCAAGCCAAACCAGUACAUUAAAAUUGAUACUAUUGCAGCUGAUGAGAGCUUUACCCAGAUGGACUUGGGUGACCGCAUUCUUAAACUUAACACAGAAGUUCGUGAGGUUGGACCAAUAAACAGGAAAGGAUUUUAUCUUGCUUUUCAGGACAUCGGAGCAUGCAUUGCUUUGGUCUCAGUCCGUGUUUAUUACAAAAAGUGCCCUUUCACAGUCCGUAAUUUGGCUAUGUUUCCUGAUACUAUUCCAAGGGUUGAUUCUUCCUCUUUGGUGGAAGUACGGGGCUCCUGUGUGAAGAGUGCUGAGGAACGUGAUACUCCAAAAUUGUACUGUGGAGCAGAUGGGGAUUGGCUUGUUCCUCUAGGACGCUGUAUCUGCAGUGUAGGAUAUGAAGAAUUGGAUGGCUCCUGCCAUGCUUGCAGGCCUGGAUUCUAUAAAGCAUUUGCUGGAAAUGUAAAGUGCUCCAAGUGCCCUCCACACAGUUCGACUUAUGUAGAAGCAACUUCUGUCUGUCAGUGUGAGAAAGGUUACUUCAGAGCUGAGAAGGACCCACCAACUAUGGCAUGUACCAGGCCACCUUCUGCUCCAAGGAAUGUGAUUUUUAACAUUAACGAAACAGCUCUCAUGUUGGAAUGGAGCCCCCCGAGUGAUACUGGGGGAAGAAAAGAUCUCACUUACAGUGUCAUCUGUAAGAAAUGUGGAUUGGAUGCCAGCCAGUGUGAGAUUUGUGGGGGAGGUAUCCGUUUCAUACCCAGGCACACAGGUCUCAUCAAUUCCUCUGUGACAGUGCUUGACUUUGUGUCUCAUGUAAACUACACCUUUGAAAUAGAAGCCACAAAUGGAGUCUCAGAGCUGAGUUUCUCCCCCAAGCAGUUCACAGCUAUCACGAUUACCACAGACCAAGAUGCACCCUCCUUGAUAGGUAUGGUAAGGAAGGACUGGGCUUCCCAAAACAGCAUUGCCCUCUCCUGGCAAGAGCCGGACUUUCCCCAUGGAACAAUUCUGGACUACGAGAUCAAGUACUAUGAGAAAGUCUACCCACGGAUAGCGCCGGCAUUUUGGCACUACCUGCGGGUAGAAGAGCAUGAGCAGCUCAGCUAUUCAUCCACAAGGUCCAAGGCUCCAAGUGUUAUCGUCACAGGUCUCAAGCCAGCCACCAAGUAUAUUUUUCAUAUCAGAGUCAGGACGGCAGCAGGAUACAGCGGCUAUAGCCAGAAGUUUGAAUUUGAAACUGGAGAUGAAACUUCUGACAUGGCCUCAGAACAAGGACAGAUUCUUGUAAUUGCCACUGCUGCUGUUGGUGGAUUCACCCUCCUGGUCAUCCUCACUUUAUUCUUCCUCAUCACUGGGAGAUGCCAGUGGUACAUAAAGGCCAAAAUGAAAUCUGAAGAGAAGAGAAGGGCUCAUUUGCAAAAUGGACAUUUACGUUUCCCAGGAAUCAAAACAUAUAUUGAUCCAGACACGUAUGAAGACCCAUCUCUUGCUGUCCAUGAGUUUGCAAAGGAGAUAGAUCCUUCAAGAAUCCGUAUUGAGAGAGUUAUUGGGGCAGGUGAGUUUGGAGAAGUAUGCAGUGGACGUCUGAAGACACCAGGAAAAAGAGAGAUACCUGUUGCAAUUAAAACUCUAAAAGGUGGCUAUGUGGACAGGCAGAGAAGAGAUUUCCUGAGAGAGGCUAGUAUCAUGGGACAAUUCGAUCACCCAAAUAUAAUUCGCCUUGAAGGAGUUGUUACAAAAAGAUCCUUUCCGACCAUUGGGGUGAAGUCUCUUUCGAGAUUCCUGAGGGCGGGAUUUUUAAAUAGCAUCCUGGCCUCACAUCCAGUGUCAGGGGGUGGAUCUUUACCCCCCAGCAUUUCCUCUGGCAGACCAGUAAUGAUUGUAGUUGAAUACAUGGAGAAUGGAUCCCUUGACUCCUUUCUGCGGAAGCAUGAUGGCCACUUCACAGUCAUCCAGCUGGUUGGCAUGCUGCGGGGGAUUGCAUCUGGCAUGAAGUACCUCUCAGACAUGGGCUAUGUACACCGUGAUCUGGCAGCCCGUAAUAUCUUGGUCAACAGUAACCUCAUGUGCAAAGUCUCUGAUUUUGGUUUGUCACGAGUGUUAGAGGAUGAUCCUGAAGCUGCAUACACAACAAGCGGUGGAAAAAUCCCCAUAAGGUGGACUGCUCCUGAAGCUAUAGCUUACCGGAAGUUCUCUUCAGCAAGUGAUGCGUGGAGCUAUGGGAUUGUAAUGUGGGAGGUGAUGUCCUACGGUGAAAGGCCAUACUGGGAGAUGUCCAACCAGGAUGUUAUACUGUCUAUUGAAGAAGGCUACAGGCUUCCAGCUCCCAUGGGCUGCCCAGCUUCUCUUCACCAACUAAUGCUUCACUGUUGGCAAAAAGAGAGGAACCUCCGUCCAAAAUUUGGUGACAUUGUCAGCUUCCUAGACAAACUGAUCCGUAAUCCAAGCACCCUUCAUACCCUAGUGGAGGACGUCCUUGUAAUGCCAGAUUCCCCUGGUGAAGUUCCAGAAUAUCCUUUGUUUGUUUCAGUCAGUGACUGGCUGGACUCUAUAAAAAUGGGUCAGUAUAAAAAUAACUUCAUGGCAGCAGGUUUCACAACUUUGGAUAUGGUUUCAAGAAUGAGUAUCGAUGACAUUAGAAGAAUUGGAGUUGUACUCAUUGGACACCAGAGACGGAUAGUCAGCAGUUUACAGACUUUGCGGUUACAAAUGAUGCACAUACAGGAGAAAGGAUUUCAUGUAUGA